AUGUCCUCAUUUGAUGUGCUUCAGACGCGGAGUCUCCGUCAAAGGACGAUCACCAACGAAAACGAUGAAAAUGGCACAUCAACGCGUGUGACGCGAGCAAAGGCAGCGGCUCUCACCACUUCUGAUAUCACCACCGCAGCCAAGAAGCCACUGCAAAGCAAAAAGGCCAACACAUCGGUUCCCACCGCCAAUGGAGCCCAAAGACGACGCCCUGCUCUGGGUGAUGUGAGCAAUGUCACCAAGACAGACCUCGUUGACGCCAAGGAUGGCAAGAAAGCAGCAGUCAAAGGUGGCCUGACUUCCAAAGCCACUUCCCAGGCCGGUGGUGUGCAGAAGCUUAGCCGGACCAACACGACACGCGCCGCUCUCGGUGUAAAGGAUAAUAACACCAAGAAGGCCACGGUUGAGGUCAAGCGUCCCGGAAGUGGCUCCGGAAUUGGCGGCAGCUCGAUGAAGCGAUCCUCAAGCCAGAAGUCUGUCAAGGAACAAACUGUUCACAAUGAAGAACCGCCUCGCAAGAAGGUUGAUGUCGAGAAGAAGAAGUCGGAGAUCACAAAGCCCCAAGCCGUCGUCGAGAAUGUUGUUGAAGUGAAGGCCACCGAAAUCCCACUAGCCGAUGAGCCUUUAGAUCUUGAUACCGAAGAUCUCGACGACCCUCUAAUGGCCGCAGAAUACGUGGUGGAAAUCUUUGACUACCUCAAAGACCUCGAGCUCGAAACGCUCCCCAACCCAGAUUACAUUGACCACCAACCCGAUCUCGAAUGGAAGAUGCGUGGCAUUCUCGUCGACUGGCUGAUUGAAGUCCACACGCGCUUCAGGUUGCUGCCCGAGACCCUCUUCUUGGCCGUCAAUAUCAUCGAUCGUUUCCUCUCUGCCGAAGUUGUUGCUCUAGACCGCUUACAAUUGGUUGGUGUCACCGCCAUGUUCAUUGCUUCCAAGUAUGAGGAGGUUUUGUCGCCUCAUGUUGUCAACUUUAGCCACGUUGCCGAUGAGGCUUUCUCGGACAAGGAAAUCUUGGAUGCCGAGAGACACGUCUUGGCCACACUUGACUACAACAUGAGCUAUCCCAACCCGAUGAACUUCCUUCGUCGCAUCUCGAAAGCUGACAACUACGACAUUCAAACUCGCACUUUGGGCAAAUAUUUGAUGGAGCUCAGCUUGCUGGACCACAGGUUCAUGGCUUACAAGCAAAGCCAUAUUGGCGCCGCAGCAAUGUACCUUGCCCGCGUAAUUUUGGAUCGAUCAGAGUGGGAUGCCACCCUUGCACACUACUCGGGCUAUACGGAAGAGGAGAUUCAACCAGUGCUCCAAUUGAUGAUCGACUACCUUCACCGUCCUGUGGCUCACGAGGCUUUCUUCAAAAAGUAUGCCAGCAAAAAGUUCCUCAAGGCUUCUAUCGUUACUCGCCAAUGGGCAAAGAAGUAUCAUUCUCUGUAUAUUGAGAGCUCAAUCAAGGUCAACGAAAGCUACGAGGCCCAUAAUAAAUGUAAUGCAGAAUGA